CACGAAAAAAAUAUUCAAUUCAAUUCCCACUGUUUAUGGGCUCUGGAGAUGCCCACACAAGAUCAUUCUCUCGUCUUUCUAAUCCCACCUCCUUUACUUCUUCAACAAAAUUUAACUCAACUCCCGGGCUGUUUUUCUCUGUUCCUCUAAUCCUCCGCCUCACGAAAAUUGUCUUCACUGUCAGACAAAAAGCGAAGUUGUUAUAGAUUCGCCAUUCGGGAAGGGGAAGAAGAAAGGUUGCCUUUCUAGUCUUUCUCGGAUAAGGGGUCAUAAUUUCCAACCAACCAAUCGGAGCAGCUGAAGAAGAACAAGAAGGAACAAAAAAGACAGGUGAUAAACAGGAAUUGCUCCAUUCGUUAUGCCACGGUGACGCUGUAUAUUACUCUCGUCCAGACCCCUCUCUCUGCCUUUUGUUGCUGCAACUCUCUCUUCCUAGAAAGUGACGGAAAUGGCGGACAAUCCAAAGUUGGAUAUACCUGAUUCUUUGAUAGGUGGUCUGUGGCCUAGAAGAGAAUAUGGGUAGGCAGGAAAUCUCGGUUUCCGAUCAUAUAAACGGAUUUCAGUACUCGGCCGAUAAAUCCGAUAGCUUUGUUAUUGACAUGGAGAGCUUAUCUCAUGGCGGCGCUAAUAAAGAAAUUACUGCAAAUCCAAGAAUUACUUUGCAGAGAAGCCUUUCGAGAAAAGGAUCUCAGCGUGUUGGCGAGAAAAAGAUAAUUCCUAUGACGACUGCCGCUGCUGCUGAUAGAGAUCCUGCUCUUGCUACAUCCUCACCCAGAGCAGCUGCUAUGGUAGGGUCUAGCACGGCUGAAAAGUCCAUGGCAGUAGGGACCAUUGAUAAUCCUAGCAGCCCACAACUUCAUCAUCAGAUUACUAUCACCACCGGCAUCAACAUCAACACUCCCACCGAAAGCAGAUGCAUUUCUAGAAGAAAUAGUUUCAGGCGCUCUCCAUGGGUCCUUGAUCCUAAGAAGAUUCUUUUCCUCUUUGCCACCUUGUCAAGCAUGGGAACAAUCUUAUUGAUAUACUUUACCCUAUCAAUUGCCAAGCUCGAUGCAAAAGAAGAUGGUCUGGAUUGGCAGCACUGACUGCAGGCAUAGCCUUGAAAGUGAGAUAGUGGCCAGCCAAAAUCAGGUUCAGAAACAGAAGAAAUGUAAGCAGUCCCUAGUGGGGUUCCAGUUGGAAAUUGCAGUAUGGGCUUGUUUUGACGGCGUUCUGAAACAAAAUGCAGAGCAUAAAGAAUGGAAAAGAUGUUAAAAUAAGACUCCGGAAGUACUUAACAUUCCGCAACUAAUAGGCAUCUCACAGGCUUGAAGAUUCUUCUAAGCUUUCUCCGGGAGGUUAAGAAAUUUACAGAUGAAGACAAUGACAGACUGCCCGGAGACAAAGAAAAAGAAUAUUGUUUUUGACAUGAUGGCAGAGAUCAAAACAGAUGAGUUUUUCUUUUGUAAAUUUGCUUGUACUUGCCGUUUCUGCACAGCUUAGUAGUGGAGGAUCAGAAAGUUACUCUUUGCUCUCAA